AUACCAUCCAACUUCAUCUCAAGCCGACAAAUACCACCCUCCAGCCUCCAACCCCGCCGGUACAUCACUGCAGACAACGAAAAGCAAUAACAAUGCGUGCCCUCCAACCCCUCACCCGCAUCCUGCGCCCUAGUGCCCCUCGCCGAGCGCCCCUCCAAAACCUCCCACCUCGCCUCCCACCGCGAACCAGCAGCAGAAGACCAUCCAGCAGCAGAAGACCAUCCAGCACAAAUACGAAACCGCCAUCAAACCCUAACGACGGCAGCACACCGGCAUCGUCAACCACGACGGCAACAACAAAACAAGCAAAGGCAGACCGCAUCCUCUCGCGCCUGCCCCGCCCCCUCCACCGAUACGCCUCCCGCCUGCGCGGCGCGCCCGUCACGCACGUCGUCGCCUUCCUCGUCCUGCACGAGGUUACCGCCGUGGUGCCGCUUCUGGGGCUCUUUGGGCUGUUUCACUACACCGAGUAUGUCCCCGUCGCGUGGAUGCUGGGGCAUUACGGGGGGUAUGUGAGGGAGGGGGUGGGAAGGUUUGAGCGGUGGUUUCAGAAGAAGGGUUGGUUUGGUUUUGGCGAGGAUGGUGGCGGUGAUAGAUUGGAUAAAGCAGAAACAGGGGGGGUGUGGGCGGUUGGCGGGAGAGAAGGGGAGGUGGAUGAUGCGCUGCGGCGGUGGGAGAGUGAGCCAAAAUAUCGGGUUGUUGUCGAGGUUGCGUUGGCGUAUGCUUUGACCAAGGCGCUGUUGCCGGUGAGGAUCAUCGGGAGUUUGUGGGCGACGCCGUGGUUUGCCGGUGUCCUCGGCCGGUUGGGAAGGGUUGUGCGGAGGGACGGAUGACUGACUGACUCUCGCGAACAUGUGCGAUGGUCUUUGAAGUCGUAGUCACUCUCCGCUCCCAGCAUUGGUCGGCAGUACAACAUUGACCCUGGGAAACGUAGAUAUACCCUCUUAGACCGGUGGGUAAGAUUCUUUCUUCUAGGGCAUUUGAAAGCCCUUGAGUAGACUGUAAAUCACGCAAACUCCAUGCCCCGUUUCCACCACUCUAAGAUACCUCUCCUCUCCAUGGCGACCGCGAAUU